AUGGUAUUUGCACGCCGUUCAAUCUUCCGUGCUGCGACUGCAGCUCAGUCCUUCCGCGCCGCUCCAAUUGUCCGCCAGUCUGCCCAGCUUCUCAGUCGCCGAUUCAAGUCUACUGGCGGCAGCUAUGAACACGGGUCUACAUCCAGCGACUUACCUUGGUUGGCGGCCUCUGCUGCUGUGACCGUUCCAAUGGUCUUUUAUCUCUGGCCUUCCGGUUCAGAUGGACAUCACGACGCUCACGGGGACGCGCACGGGGACGCUCACGGGGACGCGCACGGGGACGCUCACGGGGACGCUCACGGGGACGAACACGCGGAAAGGGACGGCGAGGUAGAGGAGGCUUCCGAGGAGAAGCCCGCUGAGCCUUCCUCUGAGACGGCGCCAGAAAAGGAGGAGACGGGAGUUGAGGAGAAGGGAGCUGAGGAAAAGGGCGAGGACAAGGCGGAUAAGAAGGAAGAGUCCGAGGAGAAAAAGGAAGAUCCAGAGGAGAAAACAGAGCCCAAUGAGGAAGACAAGGACGAGAAGCCCAAGGACGAUGACACCAAGGAAAACGAUGACGACAAGAAAGAUGACUUUAAGGAGGGUGCUGGAAAGAGUGAGGACAAUGAGCGCGAGUCCAAGAACUAA